AUGGCAAAUAAAGUGAGAAAGUAUAUACGGGAAGAAGUGGGGGAUUCUUGGUUUUGUAUCAUGGUUGAUGAGUCACGGGAUGAAUCCAAAAAAGAGCAAAUGGCCAUAGUAUUAAGAUUUGUUGAUGCGAAAGGGGUGAUACGGGAAAUAUUCUUGAAUACAGUUCAUGUAGAAAAUACUAUUGCGGCGACUUUAAAGGCUAGUUUGUGGAAUAGAAUUUUGAAUCAAAACUUUGAUACUAGAAAAAUUCAUGGUCAAGGUUAUGAUGGUUCUAGCAAUAUGAGUGGGGAAUGGAACGGAUCACAGGCACUCGUUCGGCAGCAUAGUCCUUAUGCAUAUUACAUUCAUUGCUUUGCUCACAGGUUACAACUUGCCUUAGUUUGUGUCUCAAAGCAAGUCGAUCCAGUACACGAGUUCUUUGAUAAAUUAGCUUAUGUAAUAAAUGUGGUUUGUGCUUCUAGUAAGUGUCACGAUGAGUUACAAAAGGCGAAGGCAAAUGAGAUUAAAGAAUUACCGGAGUUGGGUGAAAUCAAAUCGGGAAAAGGAAAAAACCAGGGAGUAAUGGACGACAAACCUAAUAAUACCCGUCCUCAACGUGGAGAUGCUCAAGUGGCUUAUACUCACUUGAAGUCAUUCGAGUUUGUGUUUGUUCUUCACAUGAUGAAAGAGGUGAUGCAAAAAACUGAUGCACUUUCUCAAGGAUUACAAAAGAAAUCCCAAGACAUCCUUAAUGCAAUGGAGUCAGUUUCAGCCACAAAGAUUAAUAUUGGUGAUAUUGUUCUUCUUGUUGAGAAAUAUUAUCCUAUGGACUUUAUAGAGCAGGAGGGAAAUCAGUUAAGAUGUCAAGUUGAGACUUUUCAAGUUGAAAGGAUAGAUAAUUCCAAGCUAAGUAAGGUAGCAACCCUUUCUGAUCUCUGCCAAACUCUUGUAGAAACUGGGAAAAAUAGCAUGUAUGAUUUGGUUGAAAGAGUGUGUCGGCUACUCUUGACACUUCCGGUUUCAACUACAACAACAGAGAGGGGAUUUUCGGCAAUGAAGAUAUUAAGACUCGCCUACGUAUCUGAAAAUUUCAAAUUGAAACGAAUGGACAUUGUGAACAAUGAGAUCAUCAAGAAUCUAAGUAAGAUCAUUGAAUCCUUUGAGAAAAAGACCAAUCUCGAAAAGGAAAUGGCCGAUAAAACGAAGAGUCAAUUGGAAUCCAAAAUAAUGGAUAUGCACUUAUUGUUGUUAGAGGAAUACCAAGAAAUCGACCUUUUGGAAGAAGAGCUUAUUCUUACUAGAAGAAGACAUGAUUUAGCAGCUGCUCGAGUUAAUAGAUUUGAAAGAGAAUAUCCCUUAGAGGCUAAGUCGCUUUUUCCUAGCAAAGGAAAUUCGACUCUUUAA